GCCGAGCUGGCCCGGCAGGCAUUGCGCGGGCAACAUGGCGGCGCCCGGCGAGCGGGGCCGCUUCUGCGGCAGGAGCUUCUUCUCCUUCCUGCCCGGCGGCGCGCGCUCAGAGGUGAUGGACGAUCUAGUGACGGACGCGCGCGGCCGGGGCGCGGGGCGGAGAGAUGCCGCCGCCUCGGCCACGACGCCAGCCCCGACGCCGACCCCAGAUCCUCAGGUCUCCGAGGACACCUCCCGGAGGCGGCCCUGCCGGGCCUGCGUGGACUUCAAGACGUGGAUGCGGACGCAGCAGAAGCGGGACAGCAAGUUUAGGGAAGAUUGUCCUCAGGACCGCGAGGAACUGGGCCGCCACAGCUGGGCUGUCCUCCACACCCUGGCCGCCUACUACCCCGAUCUGCCCACCCCUGAACAGCAGCAAGACAUGGCCCAGUUCAUACAUUUAUUUUCCAAGUUUUAUCCGUGUGAGGAGUGUGCCGAAGAUAUAAGGAAGAGGAUACGCAGGAACCAGCCAGACACACGCACUCGGGCAUGCUUCAGCCAGUGGCUGUGCCGCCUGCACAAUGAAGUGAACCGCAAGCUGGGCAAGCCGGACUUCGACUGCUCGCAAGUGGACGAGCGCUGGCGGGAUGGCUGGAAGGAUGGCUCCUGUGACUAGAUGGUGGCCGGCAGAGCUGUGGGACAGCAGCCCGCGGCCUCCGGGCAGCCUGGCCAGAGGGGGACGGGGCACUCAUUAAAGUGCGUCAGAGCCAGAGCCUGUCGUGUGUCAGUUGGAUGUCCCCAGACACUGCUCGGGGGCCCUUUCCCUCUUAGGUUUGGAGGAAAAGCAGAGGUGCCUGCUGCAGACACCCCAGCGGCCUGUGCUCCUCCCCGUGGGCUGCCGGUAAAGGAGACAGGAGCAGCCCGGGCUGGGCAGGUUGCUGCUCACCCUGCACCCUGGUGCCCACUUCCCUGCGCAAGAAGGUGACAGGCCCGCCUGGGCCACCUGUCCUGCUCCUUGAGGGAGGGCUAGGCCACUGUCUCUCUACCCUAUAGCAAGGGACAUAGGCCGUGUGCUGUUGGCCAUUCGCAGAAGAGGCCCGGGGGCUGAGCUCUCCUCCCGGCUCAGAGCCUACGAGGAAAGCACAGGCAGGCUUUCUCUGAGGGCCUGCCAGCGCUGCUGCCCGCCUCCAGUUGCACGUAUCUGUACCAGGCCUGUCAAGAGGCUUUGCAGGGCCAGCCUUCUCAGAGCUGGAGAUCAAAAUAAAAUGGUAGAGAAGUGA